AUGGGCGGGGACUUCUUGAACGAGCUCGAGAAGAAGAAACGAGCGGUUUACACGGACGUUCGGAAGACGCUCCUUAGAAUAUGGAGGAGCAUGGACGACCCGAACGGGAAGAUGGGGAUCACCGUGCGCGUUUUCGGGGAGAACGUCACGUUGUUGGGGGGCAUGAGUCCGAAGAAGGCGAUGGUGGCGGCGAUGCUCAUGGGCAGCACCGCGUUCUGGCUGGGCACCGCCAUCGGCCUGUGCAUCUUCGAGCUCAUGUUCGACGUGCCGCCGGACGUCAAGGAGAGGGUGCUGCACGCGUCGUACGUGGGACUCGCGGCCAUGUACAUCAGCGUCAUGGCGGGCAUCGUGCACGUGGUGUUCUUCAGGGACAGGCACCUGUGGUCAGUCGACGCGCUGGACAGGGCGCUGUGA